AUGGGCUGUCGAUUUAGAAGUACAGUUUGUUGUCAAUUUUUACACAAAAGGGGACACCAUGAGGGUGAGGAAGUGGAGAAGAUUUUGUUCUUCUUCCUACCUGAUUUGUCAUUUCCAUCUCAACUUUAUGUCAAUGGUAUCAAUGAAGGGCUUCAGUGGUACCACAGUUUGAAAGAGAUGGUGACGAUUUAUAGCAACCUCAUAAUGGGAAGAAAUAUUACAGAUUUGGGUUUAGAGGUGACAAAUUACUUAUUUACCCUUUUCACAUCUGGAUAUGGACCCCUGGAUGUUGGGACAAGACUUCAUGUUGCUAACAAAUGA